UCAGCUCACUCCUCUAUAAAGCCCUGUCAUCACAGGAGCCAGCAAAGGCAGGGCAGGAUGGAGCGAAGACGCAUCACUUCUGCUCGUCGCUCCUAUGCCUCCUCAGAGACGGUGGUCAGGGGCCUGGGUCCCAGCCGCCACCUGGGUACCAUCCCCCGCUUCUCCCUGGCUCGAAUGCCCCCUCCACUCCCUACUAGGGUGGACUUUUCCUUGGCUGGGGCACUCAAUGCUGGCUUCAAGGAGACCAGGGCCAGUGAGCGAGCUGAGAUGAUGGAGCUGAAUGAUCGCUUUGCCAGCUAUAUCGAGAAGGUCCGCUUCCUAGAACAGCAAAACAAGGCACUAGCAGCUGAGUUAAACCAGCUCCGAGCCAAGGAGCCCACCAAGCUGGCCGAUGUCUAUCAGGCAGAACUUCGGGAGCUGAGGCUGAGGCUUGAUCAACUUACUGCCAACAGUGCCCGGUUGGAGGUGGAAAGGGACAAUAUGGCACAAGACCUCAACACCCUGAGGCAGAAGCUCCAGGAUGAAACCAACCUGAGGCUGGAGGCAGAGAACAACCUGGCCACCUACAGACAGGAGGCAGAUGAAGCCACCCUGGCCCGUCUGGAUCUGGAGAGGAAGAUUGAGUCACUGGAGGAGGAGAUCCAGUUCUUGAGGAAGAUCCAUGAGGAGGAAGUACGAGAACUCCAGGAGCAACGGGCCCAACAGCAGGUCCAUGUGGAGAUGGAUGUGGCCAAGCCAGAUCUCACAGCAGCCCUGAGAGAGAUUCGCACACAAUAUGAGGCUGUGGCCACCAGCAACAUGCAAGAAGCAGAGGAGUGGUAUAGGUCCAAGUUUGCAGACCUCACAGACGCUGCUUCCCGCAACGCAGAGCUGCUCCGCCAGGCCAAGCACGAGGCCAACGACUAUCGGCGCCAGCUGCAGGCCUUGACCUGCGACCUGGAGUCCUUGCGUGGCACAAACGAGUCCCUGGAGAGGCAAAUGCGUGAGCAAGAGGAGCGCCACGCGAGGGAGAUGGCAGGUUACCAGGAGGCGCUGGCCCGGCUGGAGGAGGAGGGACAAAGCCUCAAGGACCAGAUGGCCCACCACCUGCAGGAGUACCAGGACCUACUCAACGUCAAGCUGGCCCUGGACAUCGAGAUCGCCACCUACAGAAAGCUGCUGGAGGGCGAGGAGAACCGCAUCACCAUUCCUGUGCAGACCUUCUCCAACCUGCAGAUCCGAGGGGGCAAAAGCAUCAAAGAAGGGGAAAGUUACAAGGUCACAAGACAUCUCAAAAGGCUCACAAUCCAAGUUAUACCAAUACAGGCUCACCAGAUUGUAAACAGAGCCCCACCAGCUCUUGAAACCAGCCUGGACACCAAGUCCGUGUCAGAGGGCCACCUCAAGAGGAACAUCGUGGUAAAGACAGUGGAGAUGCGGGAUGGUGAGGUCAUUAAGGAGUCCAAGCAGGAGCACAAGGAUGUGAUGUGAGGUGGGACCACCUGGUGGCCCCUGACACAGUGUGAAGGCCCAAAGCUCCUCCUCCAAUAGCCCCUUUCCCCUACCCAAUUCCCAUUCCCACUGUGUGCCCUUUCCGUCUCUGCCUUUAUGCCAACUUGCUGCCCUAGGUUCAGUCAGCACUAAGCCUGACAGAUGGCACACACCCAGCACCUCUAACUAAAUGGGCACUUCCCUCAAAAGGGCAGUCUAGAGGAGAGGGGCCAGCAGCUUGGGUUAGAAUUGGAAGGGAAGAAGGAAGUUGGGCAGGACAGGGAGAUUUAACAAAUCAUAUCCUGCAUCUCUGUUGUUAUGGAAACUGUUGUCAGAGCUGGAGGUCUCUAGGAACUGGAAUGAGUUUCCUCAGGCUACUAGAAAAUGGAAAGUCAGACAGGAAGGGGAAGUUUCCAAAGCAAGGUAGCUCUAGCCACAGGCUCGUUCUUCCAGAAUGACCCUGACUGGUCUAAGACUGAGUGAGGAAGACCUGCCAUAUGGAAUGGCCACUAGGCAGUCCCUCAGGGCCCUCCUGAGUGAUGAUCUGUCUCAGCCUCACUCAGUUGCUAUGCAGGGACCCAGCCUGUGAGCAUGGAGGAACUUGGUUCUCUGCACCUGGAGGAUCUACAGUGUAAGUGGGGAGGGAAGUAGUAUUGGGAGGAAGUAGAGGAGGGCUACCCAGCUCCUAGGUGUGGAUGCAGAGGUCAAGCCCAAGAGGGUUCCCUGACCCAGGCUGGAGGGGUGCUGGUAGUAAAGGCACCAGUGUGGAUGAUGUGGACAUCAGAGUUGGGGAGCAACCAGUUACACUUGGCUGCUGAGUUAUGGGAAUCAAGGAAGUGACUCAUCUUCUUGAAGACGCUGAAACAGAAGAGAGGGGCUGCUGUCCACAGGGCUGGGAACAGCUGUGUCCUACUUCUGAAGGCCUAUUCCUGGCUGUUUAAUCCCCAUCCACUCAGACCUCUGAACCCUGUGACUACUGCUUCUCAACCCUGGUGGAGUCACAACCAUCCUUCUGAGCCUCUCCAUCCCAUAAUAACCACCAUUCUCUAAGUCAAGGACCCGUGUUCCCUCUUACUCGUAUACAAAAUAUUACUUGUAUUUUAGGCAGCACCCUAUUUGACAGCUUGGGAAGUUGACCAUGAGCUGAAUGAACUGGCUGGUAUUCCUGUAGCUUGGAGAAGGGGUACAUGGGCUACCAUUUCCACCUCAGAGCACUAUUGUGCCAUCUGGGGUUGGCUGGUGGGCAGGUGUGGGGAUCUAUGCCCAGAAAGCAGGCUGAAAGCAUUCACUCCAUAGUCUUUUUUUCCUCCCUUCUGAGCCCCUCCCUCUUCUCAAGACUUGGUGCCCUUCCCCCGACUCCUUGCUGCCACCUGCUGCUGUUGCUAACCUUCAGGGCAGUGCUAUCACCUUUACUCACUAAGGAGAAAUAAAGACUGCCACAGCCUU